CCCCUCGGGCAGGCGAGGCGACGGCGGGACGGCAGCAGGAGCACCCGCACCGGCAGCGGCAGCGGCGGCGGCCCCGCUCCCCACCUGCCCGCGGCGGAGGCUGGAGCUGCGAUCGUCGCGGAGCGGCGGCUGGUGCCCGCGGCCCGGAGCCCCCGCGCCGCGGCCGUGCGGCGCCGCGUCCCGCUCGCCGAUGAGCGCCGCCGCUCUCUACAGCCUGGACUUCCCGGCAUGCUAUAAGAGCUGGUGCCUGGAGCCCGCCAACUUCUACGACGCCAAGGUGGGCAGCGGCGGCGGCGGCGGGCCGGGUCCCGCCUGCAAGCCGGGGGGCCGCGGCGGCUGCGGGAUGAGCGGCGAGGAGGCGGGGGGCGGCCUGGGGGGCAGCGGCACCAACCUGGCGGAGCUGAGCGCCGCCGCCCCGGCCAUGUACGAGGACGAGAGCGCCAUCGACUUCAGCUCCUACAUUGACUCCAUGUCGGCCGUGCCCAACCUGGAGCUCUGCAACGACGAGCUCUUCGCCGACCUCUUCAACAGCAACCACAAGCCCGAGCGGGGCGGGGACUACGGCGAGUACUUGCCGCCGGGCGGCGGCGCCGGCCGCGACCCCGCCAAGGACCUCGGCGCUGCCAUGACCACCCUGCUGGGCGCCGAGCCCCGCACCGCCUCCUCCUCCUCUUCCUCCUCCUCCUCCUCCUCCUCUUCCUCCUCCUCCUCGUCCCGCGGCGCCCUGAAGCAGGAGCCGGACUGGAGCGACAGCGACCUCUCCUCCUCGCUGCUGCCCUCGCAGAUCGCCACCUGCGCCCAGACCAUCAUGAACCUGAGCGGCCAGCCCACGCCGCCCACCUCCCCCGAGCCGCCGGGCAGCAGCUCCCCCUCCAGCUGCAGCACCCGCUCCCCGGGCCCCGCCGCCGCCGCCGCCGGCUCCGGCUCCGGCCCCGGGUCCGUGUCGGCGCAGGGCGUCCCGCCGCCGCCGCCGGCGGCCCCCGGCGGGAAGGAGCGCGGCGGCAAGAAGUGCGUGGACAGGUUUAGCCCCGAGUACCGGCAGCGCCGGGAGCGCAACAACAUCGCCGUGCGCAAGAGCCGCGACAAGGCGAAGCGGCGCAACCAGGAGAUGCAGCAGAAGCUGCUGGAGCUCUCGGCCGAGAACGAGAAGCUGCACAAGAAGAUCGAGCAGCUCACCCGGGACUUGACCAGCCUCCGGCACUUCUUCAAGCAGCUGCCCAGCGCCUCCUUCCUGCAGCCCGGCUCGGGCACCGACUGCCGGUAACCGGGGCGGGGGGGGGAGCGGGGACGGAGAGACGGACUCCGGGAGACCGUGGAUAACAAAUACCUCAGGGGGCCGGGCCGGGCCGAGCCUUCGCCGGGCCGAGCCUUUGCCGGGCCGGGCCGGGCCGCGGCGCCCCGGGCCGGGCCGGGCGCGGGGAGGAGGCGCGGAGCCGCGGUGGGACCUGCCGGCCGGCGGCCGCUUCCUGGAUGUUGUAGCGACGUGGGGCGAUGCCUGCGUCUUUCACCGAGAAACUUGCAAAAAAAAAAAGGAAAAAAAGCUAAAUAUUUUGUUUGUUUGUUUGUUUUCUUCUCUCCCCUUAAAUUAUUUUUGUAAUGGCAGUUUUCGUCUUUUCUACAUUUUACUCAUACCGAUGCAGCUAUGGUACAUCUGUUAAAAUGAUUCAAAACCCCAUGUAUUUUAGACAGUAGGAUGAAAAAAAAGACUGAGCAUGCUCGACCUUUUAUAUCAAUUUUUACAGCGUUUCUAAGAACAACAAUAAUAAUAAUAAAAAAAAGCAUUUAAAAUCAA